AUGUGUGUUUCUAGUGAGGAAAUUAACUUACUAGUUCAGCAUUAUCUUCAAGAACUUGGAUAUGAUCAUGCUGCUUUUGCUUUCGGCUGUGAGUCGAAGAUUCCAACAAAAGAAAUAGCUUCACAAGAAAUACCUCCAGGAGCCUUAGUUUAUCUUGUUCAGAAAGGAAUUAUGUAUGCACAAAUGGAAGCUGCAGCAGAUGAAGCAAGUUCUAAUCCAGAUACUUUAUUUGGACAUCAAUUAAAUUUAUUACGAUCAAAUAUUCGACAAAGUUCUGAAAUAGCAGAAGAAUUAAGCUCCGCAACGCGUAGACUUAGGAUUUUACCAUCAUCUGAUCAAACAGAACCUCUAGAGUUUUAUUUAUCUCAACAAUCAUCUUUAGUUCUCGAAGGCCACGCAGGCCCAGUGAUUUUAUCGGCCUGGAACAAGUCAAGCGAAUUACUUGCAACAGGAUCUACCGAUGGAACAGUUGUAGUUUGGCAGUUUAAGCGCUCAGAUGUUCCAGAAUCAUUAGAUUGCAGCGUUCUUGACGAUCCGAUAGUUAUCAAACCUACAGUGGGUCCGCAAGAUAAGGCAGAUAUUACGGCAUUACAAUGGUCGCCAAUUGAUGAUAUUCUCGUUAUUGGAACUUAUUGCGGUAAGUUUUUCGUUUACAAAGCUGGAAAUGAAAUAUUCCAGUCAGAGCAAUAUAAAUCUCCUAUUGUAAGUAUCUCUUUCUCGCCAAAUGGUGAACAAUUCGCUGUUGGAGCAGCAGGAGGCGAAGUAUCGAUUGUUAAAGGAACUACAGUUAGUACUUCCCUUAAAUUAGAGCCUGGCAUUAUGGAUGUCCAAUGGAUGGAUGAUAAUUCUGUAUUAAUUGCGGCAGGAAUGAAAAUUACCAAAAUUGGAAGCGAUGGAAAGCCAUCAACCUUCUUAGAAAACUCCGAUCAGAUUAUACAACUCAUUACAUCUCCAAAACAAGAGAUUGCUGUUGCAGGAGACAAAUCCGGAAAUAUUAUUCUUAUUAAACCCGAUGGAAAGGUUGUUAGAACAGAUAAAGCUCAUGCUUGCAGUGUAUCAUCACUUACAUUCAACGCCGCUGAUGGUAAAUUCACUUCAGGAGCGUUAGAUGGAAGUAUCGAAAUUUCAAGUGUCGAUGAUGAGACAAAGAUAUCAUUUAAAGAUGCGCACGCACCAAUUAUCUCUAUUGUAUACGAGAAAGAGAACAAAUACUUCGCUACGGCCGCUUCAAAUGAUAUUAUCGGAUUAUACUCCAUCGAAGAGAACAAAUUAUUACUGACAUUCGAAUCAAUCGACUCAAUAAAUGGAAUGUCGUGGUCUCCUGAUGGUAGAUUCUUAACUAUUUGCGUUUCCAAUGGUCAAGUCAAUGUUAUAGAUUUUGCUCAGAUUUGUUAA